GGGGGGGGGGAGUUUGUCAAGCCUGAUAGGCACCUCAGAAUAACGUUUGGUGGCCGCCACGGGGGUGGUUGAUAAGGACGCUCUCAGUGGUUUGUUUGAUGCCAGCCUUACCCAGUCGGCCACAGAACGUGCAGAGAAAAUCCUGUCCACACGUAGGUCGAAGCCAUCACGAAGGAUAUACCAACAGACGGUGACAACCGGAUCGAGAUGGACCAGGAGUCGUACCGCUUCGUCGAAGGCAUGUGGAUGCACAAUUUCUUCAGAGACGAAGCGAUUCGCUCAGCUAUCAAUUACAAACCCAGGGACGGAGACGUCUUCGUCGUGACGUAUCCCAAGUGCGGAACCAACUGGACAGUAUUCAUAGUUAACAGCAUCCUGACUCGUGCCAAAGAGCUAUCCGACAUCGGGGAGUUUGGUCUCAUGUGCCCGUUCAUCGAAAUGACCGGAGCAGGAGCAGCCAUGAAUCCGUCCCGAACAGGCCCCGUUACAACCCAUCUUCCUCUGAAAGUUUUGUCACUGGUGGACAAGGCAAAGUACAUCUACGUGGCAAGAAACCCUUACGACUGCGCCGUGUCCUACUACCACUUCCUAAAGGGGCUAACCCCAAAGACAGUCACCGAUGUUUCUUUCGAUACCUUCCUCCGCCUCUUCUUAUCCGGCAAGGUGAUUUAUGGAGACUACUUCGACCACCUUCUGCCAUGGUACGAACGGAGAAAUGACGCCAACGUCCUUUUCAUUACCUACGAGCAGCUGAAGGCGGACACGAAGGGACAAGUACUGAAAAUCGCCGAAUUUCUCGGCGAGGAUCACGGCGCUGCACUGCGCGAAGACGACGCUCUUCUUGAAAAGGUCUUGCACACCUGCAGCCUCGAGAGCAUGAAGGUAUUCAUGAGCGCCAAGCCCAUGGAGAGAGUGAAGAAAACGGUCGAGGCUGCGUCAGAAAAAGACGACUCCUUCGAACUGACGAAGAACUUACCGACGGAGGCCGUCGAGAUGCACGAAGGAGCCGGAUUCGUGCGCAAGGGAAUAGUGGGCGACUGGAGGAACUACUUCACGGAGGAGCAGAUAAAGGAGACCAAGGAGUGGAUAGCGAAGAAGACUCAAGGAAGCGACGUGAUGACCCUCUGGAGCGACUGCGACCUUCCUUAAGUAUACCACGGUAACAGUCUAUGCAGUGUCAAGCAAUAAAAGAUUUUGUUGA